AGAAGUAGAAGAAGAGUGAGGGGCUGUCGGCGUUUCUUGGUCAGCAGUGGUACCCAGGGCGUUCGUGGUAAUUUAUUCCUGACACAAGUACUAGUUUAUGGCUUCUUUACUAACUCAAUUUCUAGAAAACAACAAAGUCUACAGCUUUAUCGGAUUAUCGGAUAUCAGCCUCCUCCUUCAGUGGAUGUGCGUCACACAAAGCAGAGAGCGCGCCUGUCUGUGUGGCGGAGCCAUGUUGAAGCGGCUCCUAAUGCCGUCUUUGUAAUAACGCUGCCGUUCAUGUAAAGAGAACUCCGUAUCGAGAACCAGAGGAGCCGUAAACCGUAGCGACAUGUCAGCGGAUGACUUCCAGACGCAGUACGCCUCCUUCAUGGACGGCAUGCUGAAGAGCGCCGUAGCCGAAACCACGAAACUUUUCGAAACUAUGGUGGACGAGCUGAAGGCAGAAAUAAGCAGAAUCAAGAAGGAGAACGAAGACCUCAAAACAAAAUGUAGCCAGUAUGAAAGUGCGAAAAGCCAAACGGCUGCUGACACCAGAGACAACAUCUCAGUUUCGGGACCAAACGACGGCUCUGAGAAACGGGACAGUGCUGUUCAAUGUGACCUUGUCCCUUUCCGUACAGUGCUGGUGGAGCAAUGUCAGUCACUGCAAAACCAAGGGCAGCAAUACACUUACGAGCAGAUGCAGUACCAUUUGCAAGAGCACAACUAUAUCGCUCAUGGAAUUAAACAAGAGGAAUCGUACAGUGAUUGUUCUCUGUGGUCUGUCUGCAAGCAAGAGGACGUUGAGCCCGCUGUGGUCUAUGGACAAGCAGGUUCACUUCAGGCUUCAGCUGAAAAUGAAGGACCUGUCGUGACGCAGGGAAGUUCAACAGAAGAUGAAGAGACCAGAGUUCUGGAGCAAAUGAGUAGCAGAUUACAGGGAGUCCAGAACCAGUCAACUGACCCAGAGCCUGCACUAGUUACUUCACUCGCUGCAAUAAAGGACACCAUCCAAGAAGUGUCUGAGUUUGAUCAGACUACAUCAGAAAAAGGGACGCAGGAAGAACUCACGAUAUCUGGAAAACACCAAUCAGUCCCCCAGCAGUGUCACAGAGACUGUGAAACAUCAGUAAAUGAACAAACGGAUGUUGCUGUGCAACAAUAUGCAGAUGUGCACCGUACAGAGAAACAGUUAGCAGAGUCCACACAUGGCGAAUUAAAACAUGGCGUGGCAGAAAGUGACGCUUUGUCUAAGCCUAAUCUGCCAGUACGCAGUAGAAGAGGACGACCGCCAAAGAAAACAAAACCGCAAACAAUUCUGUCAUCAUCAGCUGAUGUUUCAGGAGAACAGAAAGGGUUAAAUUCCCCUUCAGUAAGAGAGGAGGUAGUAUUCUCACAAGCAUUUCCAGUUCAGCCUGAAGAGACUUCAUCUAUCAUCACUCCGCCAGCAAACUCUGCUUUGGAAAAUAUGGACAACAGAGAGGUUGCUUCUUUGCCUGCUUCAGUUGGAAUUCAGGCUCCAUCCACUGUAGUUUUAUCUACAAAUGAAACACCAAACAGCCCACCAGCAGAGUCACCACAAGCACCACCAGGUGGCCUCAAAGACUGCCGCACCUCGGUAACCCUUCAGGAUGCAAUGCUGCUAGUUGAAGCCAUGAAUCAGUCGACAGUGGAAAAUACAGUCACCACUGCAUCAGGAAUGGAACAACCUGAGACCUGUUCUGUUCCACGCGGGGCCGCCUUGCAAAUAGUGGACAAGGUCCCAGUUAAGCCACAACAGUCACCUCCUGUGGAAACUCGUCACACCACAGACACCAUUUCACCCAGUGAAACUCAGGCCCACAUUGCGGUUGUCAUGCCAAAACAAAAGCAUGCACCCGUUCCUUUCAGUAUUACUAUGUCGCCAAUGUCACAACCAACUGCUGCACCUAAAUCCACAGCACUGUUGUUUCCCCGUCCUUCGAUAUCAUUGGUAGCUCCCAGUAAACCAAACAAAGCAGUACCUCAUGCGAUUCUCAUCAUGCCAAAGUCAAGAUCUUCAUUUAUGUCUCAAAAAAUUGCAGCGGUUUCUCCAACCCAGAUUUCUACCAUUGCAUCAGCAGCUCAACAGAAUUCUUCUACAGUUGUAGGGUUACCACUUAAAACAUCUUCCCAUUCCUCUGUCCUCCAGGCAGUGAAUAUUACCUCCAGGAAAUUUCUUCCUAAUGUCCCUUCACAGUCAACCGCCAACUCAGCAGAUCUUCACUCAGGGACCUUACCUCAGUCCAAAAUACUUAUAAUUCCAACACGGUUGUCAGCCAUGGCAUCAAGGAAACAUCAGUCACAGGCUACUGUUUUGACAGUAAAGCAGAAGAGUGCUGAAGCAGCUGCUCCUGUGACAGAGUCAUCGACCCAGCUGAUUUUCAUGUCACAGGAGUUAGAUGUCUCCGCUUCACGUCAGCCAGUAUUGUCUCAAAAAAUGGAUGAUACAACUGACAGCAUAAAAACCUCCAAACAAACUGCCUCCAGUUUAAAAAUGUCAGAUGAACAAGUGCCAGCAUCUGUGUUUUCAGUAUUACCACCAGCUGUUGAAAAGGAAGUGACUGCAGUGGUCAGGUUAACCAGACUGCCAUUUCCAGUAUCAACCAAAGAAUCUGUCUUGGUCUCAAGACUGCUUUCAAAAGGAUCUUGUGACGGUAUAACACAAGAGAAGCCAUCAAGACCUACAGUCUCAUUUUCAGAAGUGCCAGUUUUAUCCUCCAGCAUUUGUUCCCAUCUAACAGAAACAUCUGUUGCCGUGUCUACAAAUACCUCCCAGAUGGCAGACGAGUCAAAUAAUAUUCAAGUGGCAUGGUCAUCUGAAACCCCUAGUUUGUCUGUGGAAAUGAGCAGCAAUGAAGUGCAGGACAAACAAGCAGCUGCCCAACUACAGCUAUCCUCCAGCACUUCCAAGGACACACCUGACCUUCCGUCACCAGCAGCUAAAACUCAGUUGCUGACACAGCUGGCAGAGUCACCAACAGUUCAAGUAACAACAAAGGCCACUUCUGAUGACUUUGCAGAAGCCAGAGUUGUAUUCACAGAUACCAACACCUGUAAGAAAAGCUUACAGAAAGACUCACUUAUUGCACGACUGCAAAGUCACCUAAAAUCUCACUCAAAAGCUAGAAGAACUGAAGCAAAACCAGAAGCACACACAGAACGCGACACCAGCACUGUAAGUGCUAAGAGGCCUAGAUUAGAGAAUGGCUGCCUAAAUGAUGAAAACACAACACGGGAACAUAGUCCCAUCAGCUUUGAAAAGGCAGAUGCGUUUAACAAUACUACAUGUCUAGAUCAGAUCACAAGUACCAGUUCUUCCAGUAGUCAAAGGAGAACUGAACCAGCUUAUGGAGGUUGUAGGAGGUCAAAGCCUACAAGUGCCUCCACUAAAGUUAGUCCUAGUUCAGGUAGAGAUGGUUUGUGCUCCAAAAACACAAAAUCCACAUGGAGGAGGAGCUGUGAUUCAACUAAAGAAAGUACCAGGUCUGAAAGUACAAAAUCUUGCUCUACAUUCACGAAAAGGUUGACCAGAGAAGGAGCUACUCCUAAAAAGACUGAAUCUGCUUCUGUUAAUCCAAGGACCCCUAGUUAUAGUAAAAAUGGUGCAAACCUUACAGUGUCUGCAGGGCGUACCACUUUCCCUAUUGACAGUCCUGGCAUUAAACAGAUUAAAAAGGAAUUCAGCUCUCCUUUCAGAUCUAGGAGGUGUAGUAUAAAAACAGAUAGUACAAAAAAAACUAACAGUGAAACUGUUUUUCAAAGUAUUAAAGGCCCUGAAAUGGCUAAAACUCCGAGAAGGAGUUUUAAAAUUCUAAAUUCUGUCAAGCUAGCUAAAGCAGCAAAAGCUAAGACAAUAGCUAAAAUGAGAAAUUCUAAUCAAUCAAAACUGCAGAAACACCAGUUAACAGAGAAUCAGGCCACGUGUGAGGUUGUGAAGAAAUGCAGAGCAAAAGUGUGGAUUCCACCUGUAGUGCCAGCUGAUGAAAUGCCUCCAGCAGGGGAAAAGAGGUCAUCACUGUCGCAUGUAAAUACAGAGGCAAAACCCAAUAAUCAAACCUUUGUCAACCCCCUGAUACCUGUCAGAACAUCCCCUAUUGUCUCGCCCUUACAGCCGCUGGCGGUUAUUGGUAGGCAUUUGUUGAGGAACCAGUGUGGGGAAUGUGGUCGCAUCCUCAGCAGCAGUGCUGCACUGGAGAGCCAUGUCAGUCUACAUACAGGACGAAGGCCUUUUUCGUGCACACUUUGUGGAAAGAGUUUUCCAGACGCCAAGAGUUUUAAACGGCAUGGCCGUGUGCACCGAAAUGGUAGGAUCCAUAUCUGCCAGCACUGUGGGAAGGGCUUUGUCUACCGUUUUGGCCUCACCAAGCACCUCCAGAUGGUGCACAGCAAGAUAAAACCCUUCAUUUGCCAGGUCUGCAACAAGGGAUUCUUCACAAAGCGAGAUGUGGAAGUUCACGUCCGGAUACACACUGGAGAGAAACCAUUCCAUUGCAACCACUGUGACAAAAAAUUCACAAGGAGAGUGGAACUGAAUGUGCAUUUGCGAUGGCAUAAUGGGGAGAAGAGACACUGGUGCCCAUACUGUGGAAAAGGAUUUUUGGACUUCAAUAACCUAAAAAGGCACAAGUAUAUCCACACAGGGGAGAAACCACAUUCCUGCCCACACUGUCCUAAACAGUUUACACAGUCAGGCCACCUGAAGAAGCAUGUUAAAAAUGUGCACAAAGCCCAGUGAGAGGUGGACAUGAAAGAUGCUACCCUGGUAAAAUUAGAUAUAUGAUGUCUCAUAAUAUGAGACUAUGUGCUGUGGAGGGGCCACAUGUUUUUUUUUUUUUUUCUUUUAAUGUACAACUAAUGCAAAUGAAAAAAUGUCUUUUUUUUAAAGGUUGUUUUCAUCAGAAGAUCAUUUUUGUUUCGAGGAAGUAGGAUGAAAGCGAGAAAACAGCAUAUAGAUGGAAAGCAUCAUGUCUGGAACUAACAAAGUAUAAUCUAAAUAAAAACAAGUUUACACCAUGGUAGAGGAGUCCCUGGGCUACAGCUGUUUCUAAAUAAAUAGUGAUUUAUUUGUUAUGCCAGCACUUGUGCAACAUCUCUACUGAAUGCCUUAUAGUGAGCACAAGGGAGUUGCUGCACCUGUUUCAAUUGCAACUUAGAAGAAAGAUCGUUAUAUUUAGCUUAUUAGUAUACGUCAGAUUUACCAUCUGUCUCGCUCCCUUUUUCCCCUCCGACCUGUGCACAAGUACAAAUGUGCACAAACAUGCUCAGUGCUCGCUGGCAUGUGUGUGGCAUGCUACACCUUUAACUGUGAAAGUUAUUGAUACAGUUUACAUUAUUUAUACUGCUAUUUCUUUUAUUACAUAGCUGUUUCCUGCUGCUGUUGCACAAAUGGCAAUAAAAGUUAAAUGUACUGCUUUUACAGUAACUUACCACCUCAAACAAGGAUUGUAAAGUCGCAUCUGUAAUGGGCGUCAGGUGAAUUUUCACCUUGCAAGAAUUUGAUUGUGAGAAUGUUUUUGCAGUGUGUGCGUCAUUUCUGUAAAUCCAAUGAAUGUAAUAUUACUUUUGACACUAGUUUUUUUUUCAUUGAAGUUGAUAUUUUCACUUUGAGCGGACACACCUUAGUUUCACUUGCGCAAACACACAUCUGUUCAGAUUUUGACAUUGAAUGCACUCGUGUUUAAUUUUCUCCUCGUGCUUAGUCUGAACACACCUAAAGAGGGUGUGUCAGUGAUUCUUUUCUGUCCUUAUUUCGGUAUUUUGUUUAGCAUUGUGCAGUGUUACAAAAGAUAGUUUUGCUUUAGUAAAUUCUUUUUUUCCCCUUAAAGACAUGUUUGAAGUGUUAUAUAUCUGGAACAAUGGUAAACGCAAUUGGCCCGUUCUUUUAGGAUUCUGAACCUCAUGUAUGUCAUUGUACAUAUUUUGAAUUUGCACUGAUUUGGUUGCUAUCAAAUCAAGAUGUAUAUUUUUGUUGGUCCUGUCAUUGGAGAAUACGGGUAAUAAAUGUAAAUUUGUCCAGAAAAAACAAAAAA